AUGGCUACGGCCUUUCCUCGGCGAGGACCCCGGCGGUGGGGCUGCCCGGCGGCGCCUGCUCAGCGCGGCACUCUCGCGGUCGAAGCAGCGGGCCGGCUUGGGGUUGUGGGACUGUACGGUUGCCGCGGAGCUAGACCUGCCGCGCGGUCGCUGAGCUGGCGGGGCGGGCUGGGGCGCGGGCGGCGACAGCGGCUCUUCCUUCGGUUGCAGGUAAGGGUGGCCGCAGCAAGCCUCAGGGCAACGACUUGUCGGAGCAUCCCUCGGCCUGAAGGAAACCCCGGAGCGUCACACUACCUCCAGAUCACGCCUAAGCAUUCAGGAAUUGUGGGCCUUCAGCCCAUGGGCUUUGCCCCAAAUGCUCCCCAACAUGCAGUAGACAGGAGGCAAGAGGACAUUCCUGUGGUCAUUGCUGCAUCUGAAGACAGGCUCGGGGGGGCCAUUGCAGCCAUUAACAGCAUUCAGCACAACACACGCUCCAGUGUGAUUUUCUACCUUGUUACGCUCAACAAUACAGUAGACCAUCUCCGGUCUUGGCUCAACAGUGGUUCCCUGAAAAGCAUCAGGUAUAAAAUUGUGAAUUUUGACACUAAACUUUUGGAAGGGAAAGUAAAGGAGGAUCCUGACCAGGGGGAAUCCAUGAAACCAUUGACCUUUGCGAGGUUCUACUUGCCAAUUCUGGUUCCCAGCGCUAAGAAGGUCAUAUAUAUGGAUGAUGAUGUAAUUGUGCAAGGUGAUAUUCUUGCCCUUUACAAUACCCCACUGAAGCCAGGACAUGCAGCUGCAUUUUCAGAAGAUUGUGAUUCAGCCUCUACUAAAGUAGUCAUCCGUGGAGCAGGGAACCAGUACAAUUACAUUGGCUAUCUUGACUAUAAAAAGGAAAGAAUUCGUAAGCUUUCCAUGAAAGCCAGCACCUGCUCGUUUAAUCCUGGCGUUUUUGUUGCAAACCUGACAGAAUGGAAGCAACAGAAUAUAACCAACCAGCUGGAAAAAUGGAUGAAACUCAAUGUAGAAGAGGGACUAUACAGCAGAACACUGGCUGGCAGCAUCACGACACCUCCUCUGCUUAUUGUAUUUUAUCAACAGCACUCCACCAUUGACCCUCUGUGGAAUGUCCGCCACCUUGGUUCCAGUGCUGGAAAACGAUAUUCACCCCAGUUUGUAAAGGCUGCCAAGUUACUUCAUUGGAAUGGACACUUUAAGCCAUGGGGAAGAACUGCUUCAUAUACUGAUGUUUGGGAAAAAUGGUACAUUCCAGAUCCAACAGGCAAAUUCAGCCUAAUUCGAAGACAUAUGGAAAUUUCAAACAUAAAGUAGAAUAGAAUUUAAACUAUAAGCAUUUCUCAGGAAGUCGUGGAAGACGUAUGUGUGGGAAGUAACAGCAGCUAGGCUUUAAUGCCCAUCUGUAGCAACCAUGGAAAAAAGAUAAAUGCUCCGUCUGGCAGUCAGCUUCCCAAAUAGACUAUAAAUAUGUUUCCAUCUACCUUACCAACCAAGUGUUUUCUUACUGUAAUGCUGAACAAUUGAAGAAUGGACUGAGAAAGCUGAUAUAGUUAGCUCAGCCAGCUGGUACAGGUAGUUUCAAACUGCUGUCUGGUUAUUUUAUGACUCGUGGCCUGAUCUGUAAAUAAAACCUACAUUUUUUAGUAGG